CGAACAGGCCUCCACCCUGCCUUUCUGCUCCCUCCUGCAUUCCACCUUUUUUGACCUUGACAGCAAUCUUCCGCUGCUGCUUUCCUCUCCGGGUAGUUCACCAUGACUGUAACGCGCUCCCAAACGGGGAAAACCCCCAAGAAGGUUGACCGUUUGGGGUAUGAUGAAGCACUUGCUCGAGGUCGCAGCAGAACACCCGCCAGACGAGUUACUCGUCAAAGUGCCGAGCCCAGCGCAAAUGAUAUAUCCGACUACAAGCUCGAGACACGAAGUACUCGGAAACGCAGUAUCCGAAAUACCAAGACUGAAUCAAUACCCGAUAUUGACGUGAAGCCAGCCGUGACCAAUGGGGAAGACAAUCUGCCUGUCCCAGAGAAGCCCCAGGCCAUCAACGAGCAGGAAGAGGCCAAGGAUCCCAGGAUCGAUUAUAGCGGACACUUUGAAUUUGGGGGUUCGUUAGGAGUGCUCUGCAUGAUGAUUGGCUUCCCAUUGCUGAUGUACUACAUGUGGAUUGGUGCGACUUUCUAUGAUGGGAAGUUCCCACGUCGAUUGGAAGGCCAAACUUGGACCAGCUUCUUCGCGCAUCUGAGCCAUCUGGUAUACGAGGGCGCAUUUCCUUCGCUCAAGGCUUGGACAAUCUAUUGGGUCUUUUUCAUCUUUGAGGCGGUCUGCUACGUCGCUCUUCCAGGUGUGACGCUGUCGGGACGGCCUCUCCCGCAUUUGGGAGGGAAACAACUGCCGUACUACUGCUCCGCUGUAUGGUCUUUCUAUACCAGCAUUGCCCUCGUUCUGGCUCUUCAUUUCACUGGCAUCUUCAAGUUGUACACUAUCAUCGAUGAGUUUGGGCCUCUGUUGAGCGUUGCUAUCAUCUCUGGCUAUCUGGUUUCAUUCAUUGCGUACUUUUCGGCCUUGGCUCGCGGAGCCCAGCAUCGCAUGACUGGCUAUCCGAUCUAUGACUUCUUCAUGGGUGCAGAGCUCAAUCCACGGAUGUUUGGGAUUUUGGAUUUCAAGAUGUUCUUCGAAGUGCGACUGCCAUGGUUCAUUCUUCUCUUUCUCACUAUGGGCACUGCGGCCAGACAAUACGAGAUCUACGGCUAUGUCUCUGGCGAGGUUGGAUUUCUUCUCAUGGCGCAUUUUCUCUACGCGAAUGCCUGCUGCAAAGGCGAGGAAUGCAUUGUGUCGACAUGGGAUAUGUACUACGAAAAAUGGGGAUUCAUGCUAAUUUUCUGGAACCUUGCUGGAGUGCCUUUGAGCUAUUGCCAUUGCACCCUCUAUCUUGCCAACCACGAUCCUGCUACCUACCAUUGGAACCGAUACUUCUUGGUGGCUUUGUAUGCCGCAUACCUGUUCGUUUAUUGGGUCUGGGAUACGACAAAUAGCCAGAAGAACCGUUUCCGCCAACAGGAACGGGGAACCUUGGUGUCGCGGAAGGCCUUCCCUCAGUUGCCCUGGCAGACUCUUGAAAACCCAAAGACGAUCACUGCUCCUGAUGGAACCAAGAUCCUUGUUGAUGGGUGGUGUAAGUGAAGUCGCAGAUACUACCUAGUGCGGGUGCACUAACACAAUGCAGAUGGCAAGGCGCGCAAGCUCCACUACACUUGUGAUCUUUACUUUGCAUUGAACUGGGGCCUCAUCACGGGCCUCAACAGCCCCUUCCCUUGGUUCUAUCCUGUUUUCUUCGCAUGCAUGAUCAGCCACCGUGCACUGCGGGAUAUCCAGCGCUGCCGUGAAAGAUACGGCGAGGCCUGGGCUGAGUAUGAGAGACAGGUGCCCUAUCUAUUCAUUCCGUAUGUCUUCUGAUCAAGGAAACUGUGCGGGAUCCAACUGCGAUUUCCGCAUUCUAUCCAUUCCUCCCGCGUAUGGUGUCUUAUAAUUUAACUGUUCCUUUCCCCUGUUUCCCUUAUCAUAUCUUAUUUUUAAAAACCCACCCUCUUAAGAUGAAGGCAAAGGGUCCGUGGUAUGUGGAUUCAGUGCGGUCAUCUAUAUGCCUACGUGGCCCUGUUUUCUUUAUCUUCGUGUACAAUAUUAAAUUUAUGCAGGCUUGGGCAUUGUACACAUCUGUCGUGGUCUCAUUUGCAGCGGUACAUGUGUUAUUGGAGUUUGGGCAGGAGAAGACUGGAGAAUAUAUAGAUAUUGGCCCUGUACUCGGCCCGGAGCAUCAAAUACGGCGUAAUAAUAAUAAAAUGAGAUCUGCAUGCAUGCAUACCAGUAGGUAAUGCAUGAAAUAACGAUAAUUC